UUGAGUUGGUCCGCACCCCUAUACGGGGAGGGGAUUUUAUUUCAAUAUUAAAUAAAAGGGAGGUGGAGUGGAUGUUUUUAUUAAACACCAUUCAGCCCCAGGGACUUAAUAUUGAAUGUGAUGUGAAUGCCUGCAUAGUUUAAAAUCCUUUUAAUGAUGUUUGAACAAUAGGUCCGCGUUGUCUAUGAUAGGGAGAUGUAGGUCUCAAACACGAUUAUACUAGGUUUUAGAUCUUAUUUUAGUAACUAUUUAUUUACUUUUCUAGCCCGUCUGCGUGCGGGGGAGGAUAGUAUGUAUGUGUGUGUAUGUAUAUUUUAGAAGAAACUGCUAUUUGAAAAGUCUCAUGACGCCCAACAGGGGAGGAUCCCUGGAUCCUUUUACAGGGGAGGAUCCCUGGAUCCUUUAUUUACAGCUGUAUCCACUUAGGAAUACACGCCCCAGACGAAGCAUCAUGGCGAAACCCGGGUCGGGCACUGUGUACUUGUUUUAACUUGCUCCAAAACUUGCGUUCUUUGUGAGUAUAAUAAAUCCUUUUUAUUCAACACUGUGGUACGUACUUCACUAUUGGUUGACAUCUUUUCUCCGAGACCUUGAAGAGUGUGGAGUUCGGUGAUAUCCUGCCAAAGUGGUGCUCAAUUUUUGGGAUCCUGCUUGUGCAAGAUUUCACAUCAGCGGCUAAGCACCCUGUUCGUCCGUGUGGUCUAGUGAACGACAUCCAAGGUGUGCAGUUCCUGGUUGGAUGACAGCGCUGAGCCUGCUGUCUACGCCUAAUAUCAUCUGAGUCUUACAGUUAUGUUUCAAGUUACUUUAUGCUCAACCCACACUUCUGACGGAAUUAAUGGAGGAUGAACGUGGUGUUUUUCUUGAUCUAAUGGAUUUAUUAAAAGAAAGUGAGAGUGACCUUGGCUGUUCUCCAGGAAAUUCGCAAAAUCCCAAAAAAUACCAUCAGGGGACGGAAUAUGACUGCAACAGAAUCGAUGAUCAUUAAACAACUGCAACAAAACAGUUCCUUUGUCAUUAAAGAGGCCGACAAAGACCCCACAACCACCUUCAAAAAGAAAUUGGACCAAUUGCUAAAAAGGGCCUUUGACAUGAAAAUAAUAACGAAACGGGAACUCCAAUUUUUGGAGCCAUACGUCCUGGGAUUAAAAUCCUACAUCCGUGACUCUAUGCACCUUAUCCAACAACUCAAGCAGAUUACCUUACCAGCAGACACUCUAUUGGUCACAUGCGACGUUGAGUCGCUAUAUUCUAAUAUUGCUCAUGACCAUGGAAUUAUGGCUGUUGAAUUUUUCUUGUCUUGUGCCACCACAGGCGACCCAGCCCACCACACUUUCCUGGGCUCAAGACAAGAAUGUGAGGAUUUCAUCAAACAACUGAAUGAUAAUCAACUUAAUAUAACCUUGACAUCCAAUAUUUCGGAACUAAAGGUUGAUUUCUUGGAUCUUCAAAUCAAGGUAAAUGAUGGUAGAUUGGUAACCUCUCUUUUCCGGAAACAUACGGCAACUAAUAAUAUAUUGCACUUCUCAAGUUUCCAUCCUAAACACCUAAAAAUGGGUAUACCUGGGGGUCAGUUCCUACGUCUACGACGCAAUUGUACGGAAAUGCAUGAUUUUAAGAUGGCAUCAGAAGAUUUAUCUAUGAGACUUCAUGAGAGAGGUUACCCAAAAAAAGUAAUAUCACGGGCAUUUGAGAAUGCAAAAGGUUCAAUACGUGAGGAUCUGUUCAUACCUAGACCCAAACCAAGGGAUGGCAAAGUACGGUUAAUUACCAAAUAUAACAACCAAUGGUCGGACCUCUAUAAAAUCUUGAACACUCACUGGUUUCUACUCCAAUCGGAUACUAAAUUGGCAGCAUAUGUUGAUGCUAAACCCAAGAUUAUAGCACGGAGGGCAACCAAUUUAAAAGACACAUUAGUAUACAGUCAUUUUCAACGCCCGACAACCUCUACGGGAAGAGGCACUACCCUCAAAGGAACGUUGUAUAUGCUCUUUUGUGCCCCUGUGAGAAGAUCUAUGUGGGUCAGACAAUGCAAGAAUUAAGGAAAAGAGUGCAACAACAUAUAUCCAACAUUCGAUUGGCAGCAAGAGAUAGCAGCAAGGGCGAGAAACCACUUACAUCAGUGGCAGCUCAUUUUUUGGACCACCACAACGGCAGGAUCACAGGUUUAAAGCCCACUGCAACAUGGACUCACUGUAACACGGAUUCUCUCUUCCUCUGGACCUUUUGUCUACACUGACCCUACAACAGAGGGAUGACUUAUCAAAUGGACACUUCGAUUAUAUAUAUUUUCACUGGCCUCGGAUCUUUGGACUCGCUGGAUGGGUGUGCGAUCCCAAUGACCCUAGGCCAUAUUUCUAUUUCUUUUUCCCUAAAAUUCACAUAAUGCCCUCAUUUUAACCCACCCUGGUAAUUACCCGGGCUUUUUCUAUAACAUAUAUCUCCAUCCACAUGCUGUAUUAAUCGCCGACAACCUGAUGUUAGUAUGAAAAUGGUGGGAUUUGUAAUAUGUAAUAGGUAAUUGUAUGCUGCAUGGACUACUGAUGAUUUGAUUUUGGUAUAACAAUAGUGGGAUUUGAAACUGAUAAUUGAUAACUCAGACAUGUACCGCUUAUCCCUCUAUAAGUGCUUCAGGCUUGCUCUCUUUUGCUUAUAUAUGCGCUUGCACUUGUUUGGUCCCUUCUGUCCCGGUGCAUGGUCCAUAAAUCCCUUGGGUGUGCGAGGUGCGUAUGCGAUCACCGCUUCAGCAAAAAAUAUAUUUUUGGUGAAUUUUAACAUGCUAAUAGACAUGCUGGUCAUUGAUUACUGAUAUGA